CCUUGCGGAAUCAAACCUUACCCAGAUAAACACGUAAGGGUAGCUUUCAUGCCCCGGUCCAAGCUGUAAAGGGCGAUAAUGAUAUCAGCAGCUUAGGGAACAUUCGCCAUCAGAUAAAGGACUAACCUUAAAACUCUACCACCUUCAGGACAGUAACACCUUUCUAGAUCCUCCCACUUCCAAAUUCCUACCAUGACCGAGCGGAAAGAUCUAUCCAGUCGCGUACUCCCCCAAAUGGUUCUCUCCGAUACAAGCAACCCCCUAACCGCACCGCUUCAACUAUCUGGAUCCUCACCAUCAGAACGUGCUUGUCAGCGAUUCGCCAUCGAGGGUAAUGCGAUAGUUACCGGUGGGUCUGGUGUGCUUGGGCUAGCAGCGUGCAGGGCUCUUCUCGAGCAUGGAGCAUCUGGCAUAUCAAUUUUCGAUGUUCUAGCUUCGAUCUCUUCAGGAAAGGAGGCGAUCACCCAGAUUCAAGUGGAUUUCCCCAAGGCUAAGGUUAUAACCAAGGUCGUGGAUGUCCGGGUUGAUGCGACUGUCCAUGCGGCGGUGAGUGAGACAGCAAUCGAGCUAGGGAGUGUAGACAUACUGCUAUGCUUUGCGGGUGUCGUCGGAACGACGCACGCUGUAGAUAUGGACGUUGCAGAGUGGAAGCGCGUGCUGGAUAUUAAUACGACCGGAAGCUGGAUCUGCGCUCAAGCUGUAGCCAAGCAGAUGAUCGCCCAGAAGAAGGGGGGGAGUAUACUCUUCACCGCUUCCAUAUCUGGGCACAGAGUCAAUUUCCCGCAACCGCAGGUAGCGUAUAAUGUCUCUAAAGGAGCCAUCGUGCAGUUGCGGUGUUCGCUUGCGGCUGAGUGGGCCCAGUACGGUAUUCGUGUGAACAGCAUUAGUCCUGGUUACAUGGACACCAUUCUUAAUGAAGGCGACGGCUUGGCGGAGGGGAGGAGAAUCUGGUGCGAAAGAAAUCCAAUGGGAAGGAUGGGCGCGCCUGAAGAACUGACUGGUGCGAUCGUUUUGCUCUGCAGCAAAUUUGCGGGUCGUUACAUUACUGGAGCUGACAUUCUCGUCGAUGGCGGUCAGACCAUAUUUUAGUGCUAUCUUGGAGGAAUAAACGCUAGAAAGACAAUAGAGAAUGAAUGUAGGCUGAAGGGAUACUUGUUCUUGUGCAGCAAUUUUACGUCGUUGGUCGUCCGGGCGCGGCUCGAUACACAGCGAAUAGCAUUGCCAGCGGACUACAAUACAAACAAUGGAGGCUCCUCAUAACUGCUGGAUGAAUUGCGCCUUGUCCCUCGUCCUCUCCAUGGCUGCGAAAAAUGUC